AUGUCUCAUGUUGGGCCUGCUUAUGGAUCGUUGGCUGCUAAUCAAGCAAAGAUCGCAGCAAAACGUGAUCCAAAUCUUGAUCGAGAAGCACAAGAAUGGAUUGAAGCUGUAAUUGGAGAGAAAUUCCCUAGUGAACCUUACGAAGAGGCCCUCAAAGAUGGUGUUAUCUUGUGCAAAUUAAUGAAUAAACUUCAACCGGGUGCUAUUCAGAAAUACGCUACAUCAGGCGGAGCAUUCAAAUUACGUGAAAAUAUUUCAAUUUUCCAAAAUGCUGCUCGUGCAUAUGGUCUAGGUGAUGCUGAACUUUUUCAAACUAUUGAUUUAUUUGAAAAGCGUAAUAUUCCUCAAGUAACUCAAUGUGUAUUUGCACUUGGUCGAACUGCACAGAAAAAAAAGUUUAAUGGACCAAUUCUUGGUCCAAAAAUGUCUGAUACCAAUGUACGUGAAUUCACUGAAGAACAAUUACGUGCAGGACAAAGCACACUUGGUUUACUCAAUGAAGGCAUGGCGAAAGGUGCUCCAUCAGAAUGUGAACGUAUCUCUUCAAUAUCUAAAUAUCAAUUGCAAAGAGAAAAACUACAAAUCAAAGAACAAAAUCAAGAUCGAUCAUGUCAUAUUAAAACUGCGCGAGCAACAUCAGAAUUAUCAGAGAGGUCAUUUUCAAUAGAUGAUCGUCAUCGAUCUCAUAGUAGACAACGACAAUCACAACAGCGUACACUAAGCAAUUCCUCUGUUGAAAAUCUUCUCACUAAUUUGCAAAAUAUUCAAUUGCCAUCUUCAUCAUCAACCUCAUCAUCGACAUUAAAUUCAUAUAACAAUGAACAACAGCAGCAAGAAGAAGGUGAACAUUGUCUCCAAGUACUUAUAGAACUUGCGCGCGAUACAGAUUCAACGCGAAUCAAUAGAUUGGAUCGUCUUUACUCAUUUAUUGAAGAUUCUAUUGGAAUGGUUGAACUUCGUAGUUUACUUCGUUUUAUCAAAUCAUCAUCGUCUGAAAUAAAUCUCAAUGAAUCUCCUCUCAAUCUUUAUUCAUCUAUUUUACCGACUGUUAUUGCUUUAAUCUUGCUUGAAAACGAUAUUUAA